GAAAAGUCGAAAGUGUCGAAAAAGUUAAAUAUACCAAUCUAAAAAUUCACCAACAAGCCGCCUUUAUUGCUUUAUUCGCUCUUAAAAGACGAUUCCCUUUAAAAAAAUAAAGACUUCACGUUUUGGUACAAUCGAUCGAAUCCUUUUAUCAGUGGUAGUGAUCAAAUGUUUCGUAUAAAAUCGAAAAAUUGGGUGAUAACAAUCCCGAAUGUCAUCCACAAAUACUCAGCCUGUGGCUAUGGACGUUGACGGUCCUAGUAAUGGACCCGGCACACUAAAACGGUGCUCUAGUGCCCCAAUGAUUAAUGAAUUCGCCCCUGUAAUGACUACAGCCAAUGCAUCAGUUUCUAAAAGGGAACAUCAACCCUUUACCUUUGGUUCAAACUCACAAACCAGAACUAGAAGAUUUAGCGCGAGUUUCAGCCAAGUACCAGGCUCACCGGUGUUGAACCCGCACGUAACGCCGCGCAUUAACCAGCUCAGACAGGAGGAGCAUGAAGGGAUCAGCAACACGCGGGAACUGGCCCACGAACGGGAGAUCCACCACGCCAUGCAAAUAUCCCAGUCAUGGGAGGACCUUAGUUUAAUGAACGACAGUAACGAAUCGUCGAAGAACAACCGAACGGGACCGUUGCAGCUGCCUCUGCCGGCGAGCGGCAGCAACUUCAUGAGCAACUCCCCGUCCCCUACGAGGAUGGGUUUCCAAAGCCCCACGAGAUCGAGGACGAUAGUCAGACGAAGCGCGAGCCCCGUAUUCCGGCCUAGUCCGUUGGGCGUCAAACGGAAAUUGGACGAAGAUAAAAUCGGUUAUCUGAGUUGUCCUAGAGCUAAGAGGGUGUACAGUUACUCCGGAAGCGCUGACAGAGGUGGACUUCUUACAACCACUGGUACUUCUCUUCCGGGAUCGUUGAGUUCAAUAGGUACUCCAGAAUCUCUAUCCAGUGCGGAUUCUCCGGGCUUCAGCACGUUCAGGAACGUCGAUAGUCCGUCUCCGGGGCGGGCGCUGCCGAUGGACAAUCUAUCCAUAUCGAAGAACGAUCAGGAAAUGUCGGAGAGUCCCAGUUAAAAGCGCUCCGGUUCGCUGGUAGCGGAGUUCGAUUACGUGCAAUAACGAGGAGUUUUUGACGGUUCUUUGAA